UAUAUAGAGGUGCGCAGAAGAAUGACAUGAACCUUGGUAUAUGUUCGAGAAGUAAUGAUGUUGUGGAACCAAUGGUAAAACCUCAGUGGUUUGUUGAUUGUAAUAGCAUGGCAAAGGCAGCUCUUGAUGCCGUUAUAAGCAAAGAAGAGAAGAAAAUUGAGAUUAUCCCGAAGCAAUAUGAAGCUGAGUGGAAGAGAUGGCUAGAGAAUAUCCGAGAUUGGUGCAUUUCAAGACAACUUUGGUGGGGUCACCGAAUUCCUGCUUGGUAUGUAACACUGGAUGAUGACCAGCUUAGAGAUAUUGGUUCUUACAAUAAUCACUGGGUAGUUGGAAGGAAUGAAGAGGAAGCAAUUUCCGAGGCCAACCGCUUGUUCCCAGGAAAAAAGUUUGACAUUGUUCAAGACCCAGAUGUUUUAGAUACAUGGUUUUCAUCCGGUAUUUUCCCGUUAUCUGUACUCGGUUGGCCUGAUGUGACAGAAGAUUUUAAGACGUUCUAUCCGACAUCAGUUCUAGAAACUGGACAUGACAUCCUUUUCUUCUGGGUGGCCCGCAUGGUGAUGCUGGGCAUGAAACUAGGAGGCGAUGUGCCCUUUAGAAAGGUUUACCUGCAUCCUAUGAUCAGAGAUGCCCAUGGUCGGAAGAUGUCCAAAUCUCUUGGUAAUGUUAUUGAUCCGCUUGAAGUAAUAAAUGGUAUAUCACUAGAAGGCCUUCACAAACGGCUUGAGGAGGGCAAUUUAGACCCUAAAGAACUGGAGAUAGCUAAAGAAGGCCAGAAAAAGGACUUCAAGGAUGGUAUUGCUGAAUGUGGAGCUGAUGCCCUCCGGUUUGCUCUUAUCUCCUAUACAGCCCAGUCUGAUAAAAUAAACCUGGAUGUUCUAAGGGUGGUUGGAUACAGACAAUGGUGUAAUAAAUUGUGGAAUGCUAUACGUUUUGCUAUGAGUAAGCUAGGAGAUAAUUAUGCUCCUCCUGCGGCAGUUGCGGUAGAUCAAAUGCCAUCUAUCUGCAAGUGGAUACUUUCUUCCCUGAACAAAGCUGUAGCUAAAACUGUAUCAUCUCUAGAAGCAUAUAAAUUCUCAGAUGCAUCUACUGCAGUAUAUGCAUGGUGGCAGUUACAACUUUGUGAUGUAUUUAUUGAAGCUAUCAAGCCCUAUUUCUUUGACGAAUCAAAGUUCGAAUCUGAAAGAUCAGCUGCUAGGGAUGCCCUGUGGGUAUGUCUGGACACUGGUUUGCGUCUACUCCAUCCAUUUAUGCCUUUUGUUACUGAGGAACUGUGGCAACGACUUCCCCAAGCAAAGGGAACUGAGAGGAAAGAAUCAAUAAUGAUAUCAGAAUACCCUUCAGUUGUAAAUGCAUGGACCAAUGAACAAAUUGAAAGUGACAUGGAAGUUGUUAAUUCUGCAGUGAGAAAACUUAGAUCGAUUCGCCCACAAAGUGACAAGAACGAGAGACGUGCAGCUUUUGCACUUUGUGGAGCAGAUGAUAUUGCUAAACUUAUUAAAGCUUAUGAGUUUGAGAUCGUAACUCUUGCUUCUCUAUCUUCAUUAAAGGUUUUAUCCAGGGAUGAUGAUGUUCCGCGUGGGUGUGCUUUUGAUGUCGUAAAUGAAAGUCUCUCUAUGUACCUACAGCUCCAAGGAAAGCUUAAUGCUGAAGUUGAACGAGAGAAGCUCAGGAAAAUGAAAGAGGAAGUACAAAAGCGACAAGCGGACUUAACUCAAAUAGUGACUGCUGCUGGGUACAGAGAUAAAGCUCCCCAGCACGUACAAGACUUGAACAUGAAGAAACUGAAUGAGUGUAUGAAGGAGCUGACAAUCAUUGAAGAAGAGGAGAUCAAGCUUGAGAGGACAAUAGCGGAACAAAAUUGAAAAAAAAAUUGUCGAGAUUUAUAUGCGAUUUUGCUAAUUGUAAACUAGCAAACAUCUGUUGCGAAAAUUUGUAAAAGCAAUUCAUCAUGCUUUUUGCAUGUAUUUUUAUUAUUUCCUGGCGGCCUGUUGCCUUGGACAAAGACAAUUUAAACACAACAUCUCUCUUGUUUGUGUUUGUUGGUUAGACAUCUGUUUGCUUUUCCUCAACUAUUUAUGCACAUAAACAAUUUUUUUUAUAA